GGGUUUCCUUGCUUGGCCGUUCAGUCUGCACCAGCGUAUCUCUAGAGGUGUCACCGUUGCAUCCAAGCCUCAACAAUGACUAAAAGAACCAAGAAGGCUGGAAUUGUCGGCAAAUACGGUACCAGAUAUGGUGCUAGUCUGAGGAAGCAGAUUAAGAAGAUGGAAGUCAGUCAGCACAGCAAAUACUUCUGCGAGUUCUGUGGAAAGUAUGCCGUGAAGAGGAAGGCUGUUGGGAUAUGGGGUUGCAAGGACUGUGGAAAGGUGAAAGCCGGAGGUGCCUACACAUUGAACACUGCAAGUGCGGUGACCGUUAGGAGCACAAUCCGAAGGUUGAGGGAGCAGACUGAGAGUUAAAGUUCGAUUUUGUUCUGUCUCGAGUCAUUACUGGUCUGUUUAGUGUAGAGUUCUUGGAAGAAGAUUGUUGGAUGACUUCUAUUUCAUGUCGUGACCCCAGAGCUUAUAAACUAGCUCUGCCUUUUUGGCCACAUUAUUUCUAAUUAUCCUGAGUUUUUAGACA